CAAUGAACAAUCAAGCCAUAGCUCUGCUUGAUCUUGGGCGUUUGUCCGAGGCAUUGCCUAUUAUGAACAAGGUUUAUAUCCAAAGACAAAGGCAGCUUGGCAAAGAGCAUCCUUGGACCCUGUGGGCCCUAUGUAACCUCUCGAAGAUCCACAUUGAGAUGGGAAACCUCCAAUUUGCGGGUGAUCUGCUUCGCUGGGGCAUUGAAGUAGGAAAGAGAAGUCUGAGCAAAGACCAUCUAGGCGUCCUGAUGGGUUCCGGCGAGCUUUCCCGCGUUUAUGCUCGAGAGGGGAGAUUGGGAGACAUGGAACAACUAUCUCUCGAGACGAUCAAAUUGAUCGAAGCGUUUCGUGGCAUCGACCGUCCGGACUCCGUCUACGGCCUCUGGAAGUUGGCGCACCUGUACGAGCUGAAACAGGAGGCCGACAAGGCUGCUCAGACGUGUGUCUCGCGCUGGAAAGAGUUGACAUGCGCAUCAGCAGGAGUUAUCCAUUGGCGACGAAGCUCGAGGACGUGCUUGGACGUCUCAGUCAUCUUGAGGGCGGUUCGCAGUAGAUGACGCGACCAACACCAAUUAGCAAGGAAGAUCCACAACACCAGAUCCGCAACACCAGACCGCCAUCCGGUUGCGGAUACACCAUUAUCGGA